UGUAAUUAUUCUAUAUUCCAAAGUCCUAUGAUAAGAAGGAACCAUUGUGGAUAAAUUUGUAGGAUGUGAGACAGUUAAUCGUAACUAAUCGCUAGUUUACAAUGUCUGAACCGAAUAAUCCUUUCGCUGGCUUAAUAGGCGUAUCAGAAGUGAAAUCAACAAAUAACACAGGUUACAAUGAUAGUAACACGCCUUUACAAAUCAGUUCAAAAAGCACACAUAAUGAAGAAAUUCAAACAAUAAAUAGCAUUGUCGAAAACGUUUUCCACUUUACAAUAAACCCUAAUGCGGUUGAUAACUAUACAAGCUCUGAUAAACAAUUGGUUUACUUGGAAGAAUUAGCAGAAGCUACUAAACCUCAUUCAUAUAUUGACUUGGAAGCUUUAGAACAAGCCCUUUUUGAAAGGUUACUUUUACCAGAGGUUGAAUCAAAUGUCAUCCCAAAGACGUGUAAAAUUUUCAAAGAGUAUGUAAUUCAGAAACAGGUAUUCCCUUAUUUAUUCAACUCCAUACAAAAUCUUCAAAGUUAUGAACAAACAAACACUGACUAUGUUAAAACAGCAGUACAGAAAAUGAAAGAACUUAUAUUCAGAAAUGCUGUAACGGCACUAAAACAACCUGCUUUAUUUGAAGAUCAAAAUUUUCCAACGCAGCUUGUAGAACUAUUACAACAUGUUGAUCCACAGAGCCAUAGCUUUUUCAUAGAAAUUGUGGAAGCAUUUGUAUCUGAUGGUUCAGCAACAAAUGAAAGUGUACACACACAAUUAAAGGACACUAUGGCUCCUGUGCUAAGAAUAAUACAUACAGAUGUAAAUAAGUCGAACCUUAUCAACCUACCUAUUUAUAUUUUGCCAUCAAUACAAUUAUUUGCAAGUAAUGCUCACUUAGCUCAAAUUUUAAUGGAAGUCUGUGAGCCAUAUAUUCAAACAAAUGGACGUCUAUAUCAAGAUUCUAUACUAGGUGCUUUGUUAAGCUUAUCAGUUCUACCUAGAACUGCUACAUCUCUACAUGAGUUUUUUGAUAAUCCCAUGGACCAGGCUGCAACUUCGAUGAUAGAAUCGUCAAUAUGGAAUGCAUCCUCUCACUUAACAAACAAUAUGCACAAAAUUUUCUUAACAUUAUUAAAAGCAGGUCCUCAGAUGAGAAAUCGUCUAUUAACUUGGAUUGGGAAAUGUCUAAAAACAAAUGUUGCAAGGGGAAAACUUUGGAACGUUCAAGCUGGUGAAGUUAGUGCGGCAACAUUAAGCUGUGUGUCCGAUGGUUUUAUGUUGAAUCUUGGUGCAGUAUUAUUGCAUUUAUGUCAACCAUUUUGUACAACAUCUAAUGAUAUAAAAGCAUUGAAAAUCGACCCAACGUAUGGUGCGGUUUUGCCUGAAGAAUGUGGAGCUAAAUCUGUACAUUUAGAUUGCCUACAUAGUGAAACUUGUUUGUUACCUGCUGUGGAGGGAGACGAUGGUCAGACUUUGAAAAGGCCCACUGCUAAUAUGUACAAUUUUGUUACUGAAUGCUUUUUUAUGACACAAAAAUGUAUAGAUUUAGGUGUGAGAGUCUGUGCAGAAAAAUUAUGGCGUUGUGGACAAGAUUUGGCCAGAGCGCAACGCGCACUCGCUGACGUUGCAGCGAGUGCACAUCAUUUACUGGAACCAAUGAGACAACGCACGCAUCACCUUAUGACAAAAUUCUUUAGUCUUCGGUGUGCACUUCUUGAAAAUGAUAUGCUGACGAAUCUUAACCGUUUGCAAGCCACUACCUGCAUGUGGCUAGUGCAAGUAGCAAUAAGACCAAAUCCAACAGAGCCUCAGGCGAGUUACGCACCUACCACCGUUAUACCUGUGGAAAUGCCCAUCACCACUCCGCCACCAGAUACUUUAAGAUGUGUCCCGGAAUUCGUAUUGGAAAAUAUUGUAGUUCUGAUUACUAUGGCGCGACGUACUGUGGGCGCAAUCACAGAGGAAGCCGACAUAGCGGGUCUCUUACACCCAGCGCUCACUCUAGUGCUUACAUUCAUGGGUGAUUCCACGCGGACCUACAAUCCACAUCUUAGAGCUCGUCUUGCAGAAUGUUUAGAAGCUAUGUUGCCAAAUCAUCCGGACGAUCAACAACCGCUUAGCAACUUGGCGUCAUUCUACCGAGAACAAUUGUUCAAAGAACACCCUCACAGACUACAGUUGGUACCUUGUUUGCUGGAUGUGUUCGUGGGCAUCGAGAUGACUGGUCAGAGUGUACAGUUUGAGCAAAAGUUUAAUUACCGCCGUCCAAUGUACUUAGUCAUGGAUUUCCUAUGGGGCAUCGAGGAACACAGAGAUGCCAUUACGCGUCUAGCUAAUGAAGCUGAAGCUAAUAUGGAGGCGGUGCAUCCACCAAUAUUCUUGAGAUUUGUUAAUUUACUGAUGAACGAUGCCAUCUACCUGCUCGAUGAGGCACUCGGCAACAUGGCCCAGAUACGUUCGAUGCAGAUCGCACAAGAAACCGGUGCAUGGAACGAACUAUCAUCACAGGAGCGCGAUCAGAACCUCGCAAAUCUAUCUCACAUCGGCAAUUUGGCGCGGUUCGACAAUAUACUAGGUCGCGACACGAUCCGCACGCUCGUCCGUUUGACUGCGCAUGCGCCGCACGUGUUCUGCCACCCUACGCUCGUCGACCGCAUCGCCUCAAUGCUCAACUACUUCUUAUUGCAUCUAGUCGGACCCAAUAAAAAGAAUUUCAAGGUAAAAGACAUGAAGGAGUUCGAAUUCGACCCGGCUAGUACUGUGAGGGACAUCUGCCGUAUGUACGUAGAGUUGGGCACAAACGAGCGGUUCUGCGCCGCCGUGUCUGAUGACGGCCGGUCCUACUCGCCCCAGUUGUUCACGCUGGCUGAAGCCGUAUUAGUGCGUAUCGGUGGCGGUGGACUGAUCAGUUCACUACAAGAAGUCGCCACCCGUGUCGGUCAGCUCGCGGAGCAACGCCAGCGCGAUGAGGAGAUUCUCGCCAACGCACCGGAGGAGUUCCUCGAUCCCAUCAUGAGUACCCUCAUGCUGGACCCGGUCACUCUGCCCAGUUCUCGCACCACCGUUGACCGGACUACUAUUGCCAGACAUCUUCUUAGCGACCAGUCAGAUCCAUUUAACCGUUCGCCUCUCUCCAUGGAUCAAGUUAAAUCGAACACUGAACUCAAAGAAAGAAUCCACGCUUGGAUAGCUGAACAGAAACAGAAAAUUGCUCAAACUGGGACCACUAACAUUUAGGCAUAUUGUAAUAAAAGACUGUACGUUGCUACGUAUGUAAUAGUUUAGUAGUAUUCGUUUAGAUUAAGCGUCAGCUAACAUACCAAGCGGAUUUAUGCUAGACAUGUUUUCAAAACAUAUUUUUAAAUAAAUAUCAGAAAUAACUAAAAAUAUAUUGGUGUUUAAACAUAAUUGAAAAGAAUUCAUCGCCCUCCCGUUUGAUCUGAGUUGAUCCUAAAGCUAUCUUAAAAAUCAAUUGCCGUGCGUUUGUCUCGCUAAAAUUCGAGAAUGGCUGGGCCGAUUUUGCUGAUUUUAGUUUUGAAAUGUUUCUCGUAGUUCCGGGAAGAUUUAAACUGUGAGAGGUGAUAUGAAGUGCACUAGAUCAUCUAGUGUACAAUAAAUUUCUAAUCAGGUGUAAAGAUAGACAAUAUUUUUCAGUAAAAUAAAUACUGCAUCAAUAAAAUAUUUAAUGAUGACGAACUUAUCCAUAAGAUAAUUAAUUUUUAUAUGAUAAUGGCGUAAUUUAGAUUAUGUUACGAUAUCAUAUUUUUCCUACUUAUUCAGGGAAUAACCAAAGAAGGGAAAGUUCAUGUGGGUGUUGUGGGUUGAACGAGGGUUUUAAGAAAAUUGAUUUUGUCUCUGCAUUAUAUAUUUGAUAUAUUAAAUAAAAUAAUUUAUUUAUGUUUGUUCUGUUACGUUUUGGUUGCAUUCCUUGAAUUAUAGAUAAUCAUAGUUAUAUUUUAUGCAAAUAUGUUUUGCAUUGUGAUAUUUUGUUUUAUGACUUAUUUCAUGAGGUAACUAUAGAAUAUAACUAUAGGAUUAAAGUAAAAAUAUAAAUAAAAAAAUGUUUUAACAAACACAUUUUUGUUUUUAUUGCAAAGACAUUAAACUUAAUUAGUUUACUGGCACUUUUCCCCUAGACAUGAACGUAAUCGUAAACAGCGCAAUCUCAGUAUUGCCAACAGUUGCAAAGAGUGGUAAGCGAAAAAAGUUGCGACUAUUCGGAAGCCAUUUUGAUUCAAAUAAGCUUAAAUUAAAUCAGGAUUUUUCAAAGCUUGAAGCUUACUAUCCAUUUGAUAAAACUAAACAAGAAUCUACACAUUCAUAAAAUCACUAAAAUUUCAACAAAAACAAUUUUACUAUAAUAAAACCAUAAUUGAAACAUGCCCUCAGCGAGGCUUGAAUGAAUGUCGAGAAAAAAUAGUUUUAUUUUUGUUUGGGGUGGGCAUGUGCAGUUGAAAAAGUAUUUUAAAUAAAACAUUAACAAUGACGAUUUACUUUAAUUAAAUCAUUUCCCGACAAAAACACAAGUAUUUAGCAAAAUAAUAAUAAAUCGAAUGUCAGCCAUUUGAUGUCUCAUUACUCGACUCGAUAAUAUUCCAUUGAUGAUACAUCACUUUUUACCUCUGAAAGUGUUUGUAUUACCUAUUGGCUAUAAUUAAACUCAGCCAACGUAUAGACAAAUAAUA